AUGUCCGACUGGGUUAGAGAUGAUACUUCUCUGUUACAAAUUGUUGCGGUCAUUGCAGACUCAUUGUCCCCAAUGCAAGAGCAGAGAAGCCAUGCUAUGGAGUUGCUGCAAUCGUUCAAGAUCCAGUCGCAGUUUUUGAACUAUUUGUGCUAUAUGCUAACUGAGGCAGACACGGACUCACUGCUAAAUUCCCAAUACUCACGUCAAGACAUCCAGAAUUAUCGGGCGACCGCGGGGAUGAUAUUAAAGAACUCGCUCUUGGAGGACUCCAGAGGAUAUGAUUUGAAUUACAUUAAAGUGAAUAUCACCAAGGGCCUCCUUUCGGACGUGUCGCUCAUAUCCAAUAUCACCGGUAUUGUCAUUACCACCUUGUUCUCCACAUACUACCGGAAAAAUCGUGAAGAUUCAACAGGUGUUGAAGUCUUGUCGCAAUUGCUAGAAUUGAUGUCAAAUGGCCAGGAGGCAAGUGCAAAGGCCCUGUCAAAAAUUAUGGAAGACAACGCUCAGUUUUUUUUACUUGAGUGGUCGGGUUCCGUUAAGCCUAUGGAUACGUUGGUGAACAGCUUUUUGACUUUUACGAUAUCAAGUUCCAGUUCUGUGGUAAGAGCAGAGGCAAUCAAAUGUCUGAACCAAGUCAUUCCCUUACAAACCCAGAGCUUCAUCGUCAAGAUUGAUGAAUUUCUUGCCAACAUUUUCCAACUAGCACAAAACGACCAGAGCGAUGUGGUGACUAUUCAAAUCUGCAUUGCUUUAACCGAAUUCCUCGAGUUUAGACCUGAUAAACUGAUAAACCACUUGAGCGGUAUAGUGAGUUUUGUGCUGCAUGUAAUCAACUCGGCUAAUAGCCAAACCGUGGCACUACAGGCCGGUGAGUUCUUACUAGCCUUUGCAUCCAAUUCCUACAUUCCGGAGAACAAUGUUAAGCCCUUUGUGAACGAUAUAGUUCCAAUUCUUUUGAUAAAAAUGAUUCAUGAUGAAGAUGAGAUUCUCAUGCUUGAAGCCUCUAACGAGGACGAUGCCGAGUUGGAAGAUAGAGACGAGGAUAUAAAACCUGUGACGGCCAAAAUUAGCAAGAAAAGAGAGGCUUCGGGGGCGGAUGACGAUUACGAAGAUGAUGACGAAAGUGAUUUCGAUACCCAAUGGAAUUUGCGGAAGUGCUGCGCCGCUACACUAGAUAUAUUGACGAGUAUUCUGCCUAGAGACGUAUUGUCUGUUGGGUUCCCACUACUGCGAGAGCGACUUUCAGCAGAGCAUUGGUAUGUUCGGGAAGCCACGAUCCUGGCUCUUGGUGCGAUGGCAGACGGCGGAAUGAGAUAUUUCUCAGACCAACUUCCGGCCCUGAUUCCGUUUUUGCUGCAAAAGCUAAACGAUCAAUGGGCUCCUGUCCGUACCAUAACUUGCUGGACUCUGAGCAGAUUCUCAACGUGGAUAUUGGCAGAUAACACACAGUUUUUGAUGCCCGUUAUAGAAUCACUCAUGACUGCCCUCGUAGACAAAAAGAAAAUGGUACAAGAGGCCAGCAUAAGUAGCGUUGCAGUGUUCAUCGAAAACUGCGAUGCAGAACUAGUGGAGACAUUGCUGUACAAUGAGUUACUAGUGAGGUUUCACCAAUGCUUUCAGUUGUACCAGAAGAAAAACGUCAUUAUAUUGUACGAUGCAGUCGGGAGAUUGGCAGAGAAAUGUGAGUUUGAUGAAACUGCUAUGAACUGUAUACUCCCCCAUCUCAUCGAAAAAUGGGGAUUUUUGUCGGAUACCGACAAAGAGCUGUGGCCUCUCUUGGAAUGUCUUUCGUAUGUUGCGGCAUCCCUGGGUGAGAAAUUCGCACCUAUGGCGCCAGAGGUCUACGACCGUGCGUGGAGAAUCUUGGUGCAUUGCGUUGAGCUCGAGACGCGCUCUCAGAACGAUCCCUCGAUUGUUGUUCCGGAAAAAGACUUUACUGUAACUUCUUUGGAUCUGAUCGAUGGUUUGAUACAGGGCUUGGGGCCCAGCAGCCAAGAGCUUCUGUUCCCCGGGGGCGAUCAUGCUGCACUGCAAGUCUUGGGCCAGUGUUUGCAAGAUCCAGUGCACGAAGUCAGACAAAGCGCUUUUGCACUUUUAGGCGACAUUGCAUAUUCUUACGACCCGGCCAUACUAAGCGAUCACUUGGUGAUGUUUUUGAAAUACAUCAGCACUGAGAUUGUACACAACGACGACUCAGAUGCAACACCGUCUGUGAAUAAUGCUGUUUGGGCUUUGGGGUUGAUAAGUGAGCGCAUUGAUUUAGCAGAAUACAUGAUCGACCUAUCCCGCAUUGUUUUGGACAACUUCUGUGACACUACGCGAGUCAUCCACAGCUCAAUCAUUGAGAACUUGGCGGUCACAAUAGGCCGUAUGGCCAAAUACCACCCAGAGGUCUUCUCAACAGGAAUUUUUGCCUGUGACGCCAGCUGGGCGCGUUGGUGCGAACACAGCAUGAGUUUGUCGGACCCGGAAGAAAAAACCGCAGCCUAUUACGGAUUCGUCAAAAUCAUGAAUUACACCGACAGCGGAAGAACGAUGUCCUCGUCAACUUUGCAGAAGUUCGUGAAGGGAGUGUCUCAAGACGUGGAAGUUGCUGGGUUUGCAGAAGAUCUGUAUGCAUUUCUGAUGACCCAUUCGGCAACUUUACUGAUGCUAAAGCUGUCGCAAGGGGAAAUUGAUUUUUUGAGUCAGUUUUCGUGA